CAAAAAAAAAAAUCAAUCGGGAGCCGAGUCGGCAUGUGGGGGCAAGAGAAGGUAGAGAAAUUGAGAAAACGAAGGAAAAGCCAUUUCAGCCAGAGAAAAAAAAAAUAAAAAUAAAAAAUUUAUUUUCAUUUUUGUGUAGAAGAGAAGGUGCCCUCUCUCCUGGUGCCAUCUAGUCCCAUCCAACCUAUCUUCUUCCUCCUCUUCCUCCCCCAUUUCCAUCGUCGUUCUUAUCUGUUUCCCUUUCCUUUCCCUUGUUUUCUUCUUUGAUUUCCCCUUCUUCUUCAGCCCUUUGUUUUUUUUUUUUUUUGUCAAUUUCAUAAAUAGAUUAGUUUUGGGUGGGUUGAUUUGUUCAGUUUUUUAUUUUAUUUUAUUUUUAUCUUUAAUCUUAUCAUCAUCCCCUUUGUAUUGUUAUAAUAAUUAUUGUUAUUCUUUCAAUCUUUGAAGUUAUUCAUCUGAUUUUACCCAACCCUUUUGAGAGAAUUGAGUGAAUCUAAAGUUUAAAUUGUUUUCUGAUGAGGAGAGGGAGAGGUGCCGCCGCCGCCGCUGCAGCAACAGCCGUAGCUGUGAAACCGGUACUAGAAUCCAACAGAUCUGUGAAAGAACCAAGAUACAGAGGGGUUAGAAAAAGACCUUGGGGAAAAUUCGCAGCCGAGAUCAGAGACCCAUGGAAAAAGACCCGGGUUUGGCUAGGAACCUUUGACUCAGCCGAAGAAGCAGCUCGAGCCUACGAUGCGGCGGCGAGGUCCCUCCGUGGAUCCAAAGCGAAAACAAAUUUUCCUAUACAUUCCUCCAAUAUCCCAGCUUUUCCUUUCGAAACGCAUCAACAUCACAACAACGAAGGCUUCAUCGACCGCCACCGGUUAUAUCCGAUGGGCGAUUUUCAAGACCCGGAAGUGAACCCGCAAAGACCCACGAGGAGUAGCAUGAGUAGCACGGUGGAGUCGUUUAGUGGGCCGAGACCAGCCCAACCACUGCAAAAAUCGGCGGAUCUUGCGGUGGUUUCGACGAGGAAGUACCAUCCGAGGACGCCGCCGGUGAUGCCAGAGGAUUGCCAUAGUGACUGUGAUUCGUCAUCGUCGGUUGUUGAUGAUGGGGAUAUCGCGUCUUCUUCGUGUCGGAAAAUGUUGCCCUUUGAUCUCAAUUAUCCACCGUUGGAUGAAGUUGAUGAUCUCCAGUUAUGUCUUUGAUCAAAGAUGCUGAUGGUGAUGAAUGAUAAUGAUGAUCAAUCAUUGAAUAUUUUUCUCUUUUUUUAUAUAUUUUUUGCCUUUUUUUAAGCGGAAGCAGAAAAAAAAAAGAAAAAUAUGGAAAAAUAUGAGACAUGAUUAAGAUGAAAUGGUCUUAAUCCUAUGAGUAUGCAAUAUGAUCCCUUCGAUUUUAAUCAAAUGAUGAUGGUGAUGAUGAUUUAGGGUUUGUGAUGUUAUAUCAGAUCUGGGUUUAUUCAGCUUUUUAUUAUGUUACAGAUCUUUCUUAGUUUAAAAUGUAAACCUAAUCUAAUUCAGUGCUUUAAAAAAAAAAAAAAAAUUCAAAAUCCCCAUUUCCUGCCAA